AUGGAGUAUUCAGAAGCAGGGCUUGAGCUUCUUGUUAAAAAACUUAAUGGAGUUAUUGAGGCCCAGCUUUCCAAGUUAAGUCCAUUUGAGAUAGUUGCUUUGCAGAAAAAGAUCCCUGAAAUCAAAUCAAUGUUGGAUUAUCGCUCAAAAAGAGAUUCCUUUCUCCUAAAAUUCAACGAUCCUUAUCCGAUACCAAACGCAAAAACUUUUGCGGAAGAAAUAAUUAACUCACCGACAAAAGAUUGUGAAAUUCCAGCUGAUUCUCGACAAACUUUACUAGAUUUUUUCUCGAAUGAAAUCGUACGCGUUACGAAACUGAAAAAUAUCGUUGAAAAACGCUGUGAAAACAUCGAAAUUGUUAUGCAAACGCAUCCAUUAAUAUUAAUUUUCUUAGAAUCUGUAUCUAAAUACAUUGAACAAUGCCAAGAGAGUUUGUCAAGGCUACAGUGCACUCAAAUUACUAAUUUAACAACCACAGACCUACAAUUUGAAUUGGAAGCUACAUUUUGUGCAAGAAAUCGAAAAGCAAUGUACGAAGUCUUACUUUCUACACUCAGAACAUUCCCUAUUACCAUCAGAGAUCAAAUUUAUAAUCGUCUUUUCGAUCUUGUUCAAAAAUUCCAUGUAAACUACUCAACACAUGAACCAAUUAUAUAUUAUCCAAUAGACGAAGCUACAGUUGACACUUUUCUUAUCAAAUAUGCCAAUUUCUUCCAAUUAGACUCUAAUAUUAAUUCUGCUGACGGACAAGGCUUUCUUUACAUCACUGAUAAGAAUCUAAAGAAAUAUUUCAAACUACUGGAUUAUAUGACGUAUCCUGUUCAAGAAAUAGAGAUAAACAAAAGACAAAUUCCGCCAAAUAUGGAUUUACUUACACAAGAUGCCGGAAUUAGCGAAACAACAAUAGAUAUUGAACUACAGAAUGUUUUCAAACGUUUUACAUACAAAGAAAACGAAAUUGAUGCUUAUUUCGUUGAACAAACGAAUAAUUAUAAUAAUCGUGUUGGAAAUACGGUCAAAGGUGUUGUAAAACGGAAUGUUAUUGCUACACAUAAAAUAUCUGCAUGGUUUAAGUUAAGAUUCACUAGAGAAAAGUAUCUUUUGAUGUGUUGUCUCGCAAUGAUAAAUUAUUUUGAGUACGUUAAGUAUUAUUUACAAGAUUCAUAUAACAGGGAUUACACAAUAUCAUGUAAUCCUAAUCUAGAGCAUAUAAUAACGAUAAAUUACAAGGGACAACCAAUUUUGUUCAAAUCCGCAGUUGAUGAGUUCGAAACUUUCAAAAAUUACUUGGUUUUGAUCGGUUCUUAUUAUACAGAGAACGCAGAACACAAAUUGAUCGAAGAAAACAAGAAAGAAAUCCCAAUAAUUAAUCGGGAUGCGAUGGUUGAGAAUUUAUUGGAUAUGAACUUCAGAUAUUUCAUGGCUAAAAGGAAUUUGGUCCAAAUAUUUAUGGAAGUGUUCGAACAUACUCAUUCUGACGCAAUUGCUCAAAUUAUUUACGAAAUUGCAAGCGAAAAACCAGUUUUGAACCUUCCUUUGCACAAAACAUAUGAAGCACCUUAUGAAAAGGAAAUUAAUCUCUUGGAAGCAAAAGCAAAAGUCUUAAGAUUUUUAUUAAAUAUGCAAAUCUUGCAAGAAAGGAACUUUUCUUAUCAAAUGAAGGGUACUAUACCUUUAUUCGAUCGCCCUAUACUUAUCCCUGAUUGCGGACUCCUUCACAGAAGCUUUGUUGAAGCAAUUCCUACUUCAAUUUUUGAAGUUUACUUUUCUUUAGAAAAAUUAAGUGAAUUUUAUCAAAUUGUUCCAAAUCUCGCAAGAGAUUUUGAUGAAGCAAUUGGUAUAAGACACUCCAAGUUCCAUGUUUACACGGAAUUGGCAAUUUGGAACGAAUUUAAUGACUUGAUUCUGAAUUUGACCAAAAAAGGCUUCUUCCCUUAUGACCAAUCGAGCGUAGAAUUUAACUUCCCUCUUUCUGAAUCCGUUGGUUCGUUAUUUACCUCGUUUUUCGUUAAUAAAUUUGAUUAUGGAAAUUCAUUGAUCACAAAUAUGAACGAAAGCAGGAAAUUACGAUUCAUGGUAUCCAUGAGAAGGUUUUAUUUGUAUGCAUGGCACUUACAAACCUCUGUAAUAAGAACAGAUAUUAUGCAGAACGCAUACUUCAACCAAUGCAAGUCUCUUGGUAUCACUGAUAUUGGUGUCCUUAUGAAUCCGUUCAUGGAAGUGUCAAACGCCGAAGUUAUUGACUUAGAUGCGCCGACAAUGUCAAAUACAAUCCAAUUCGCUUAUACAGAGUUCGAAAAUGCAAACAUUGACUUUAGUAAUGAGUUAUUCGUCAAGGAUAUCAUAUUUGCAGCUGAUUUCGAGAUCUUAAAACGAUUAAUUAUUUUCCAACAGAUGCAGAACACGAUUUUGGAGCUUGCUGUUCGUUAUAACUCCUUCAUAUUAGAUGCCAGACAGAUUGUUAACCAUUUCCAGCUUGCAGAAGAUUAUGAUAUCUUCAUGACUGGUUCAGUUUCACAAGACAACGUUCCAGAACGACAGAUCCUUCAUCAGAUUGCCACAAAGCUAUUUUAUAAUCCAAGUUCCAUAUACAGAGACUACAAAAUUGCAAGUGAAAACAUAAAUUCAUACAUUUUGUCAGUGCACACUACUAAAUCUAAGUCUCGUACUAUUUUAUCAGCUCAUGCCAAGCAGAAAUCAAUGUCUACUACCGAACUUUUGGAUCUUUAUUCAUCCGAAAUGCUUGAUGCGUUUGCUCCCUUCGCAUAUCGUAUUGAAAUUGCAAGGAUCUGCAAACUCGAAGAGUAUUAUUUAACAGUAAACUCAUUUGCCGACACAUAUGUCCUUGGUCCAGAUAAUUCACAAGAAAUGAUCGGUGAAGAUGGUCAUUUUUCACGUUUCAUGUUCAUUCCUACAUGGGUUGAAACAUUCAAGAUGCUUCAAAACUCACCACACGCUCGUCAAUCCAUGGUUUUGAAGAGUUUGUUACAGUACAUUACUGCGCGAUUUCGUAUUUUCUGCAUUGUUCGUGAAGAAUCAAGUUUACAGAUGAGAACAUCUCAAGUCUUGACUACUAUGUAUUUCGAGAACUUCAAACUUGAGACACCCAUGUUCCAAUUAAUCCGAAGUAAGUUAGAAUCAAUGCCAGAUUCACGGGAAGUUGAAAUUUCUGCAAAAUACAUGUGUGAUUUCGAACGCUUAUUCUUUUUACGAUUCGAAUACGCAGUAUUAACAAGUCUUGAACAGUUCUACAUCUCAUCAAACUUAGAUUUGCAAGGCCAACGAGUUGCCGACACCGAAUUUGGUGAAAAACUUAAAAAUUUGUGGCUUCUUAUGCAUAAUGAACAAGAAUCAACAUCAGGCUUAAUUUCAUCUCUUCGAUAUGUUCCUAAUUGGGAGAAAGAGUUCUGUUACACAUGUUUCGAAAGCGACCGUGAUGAAUUACACACUCGAUUACAAAUGGUUGAUAAAUAUGUUUGUGAUUCUAUCAAUGUCCGCUCAUGUUUCGAUAACAUUGCAGGUGCCACAGAUUUCUUGAGUCUUUCUAUCACCCAGAUGCACAUGAAAUUUGCAUUUUUCCUUCUUUUGAAGAACUUCGACGCAAAUCUUUUGGAUACACGCGAAAGUGUUCGUCAAAUGAACUUAUCCAUCUUUUCAAGUGGCUUGAAUGAAUGGAAUGAGUUGAUUGUUAAAAAAGCUAUCGAACAUUUAGCUCCGAAAGAUGCAUCUGCUUCUCGUUUGAUCCAAAGUGUUCCAGAAACUAAACUUGCACAAGCAAUCUUCGAUGUUGUCCGUAACCAUAUCGAUCUUAUGCUUCUUACUGAACAAAUCAACGAAUUAAACAAGGAAAUCGAUGAUUUGUCCAAUUUAGAAAUUCCAGAUAAACCACCAGGAACAGAAAAACUUGAUAUUCCAGAUAUUAAUUUAUCCGAUGAACCACAGAUCAUUGACAAAAAGUUCAAUGAUGAAUUCGAAUACAAACUUGCAAAACUUGUUAAUUUAAACAAAAUUGUCAGUGAAGAAGCCACCACAAUUGUUAAUAAUCAACAAGUUUUCGAUGCAACAGUCUUUGAAGAGAAAGCACUUAGUUUUAGUCAUCAAUUGCGACAAUUUGCUAAAAUCUCAAUUGACCAAAUUACACAAAAUUGGAACAAAUACAUCAAACACUCAUCAUCAGAGAUCGAAGAGAACAAUUCUAUUCUUCGAACAGUUGACACCGUUGCGGAAUUAGCAUCAACACGAUUCACUAGACAAGUUGAUGCUACAAUUGGUACUGAGAUCCAUGAUGGUUUCAUCGAACUUAAUACAUUUCGAAACGCAGUUUGUGCACUUGAACAACAAUAUCAAAAUCAAGAAUCAGAAAUCAGGGAAGAUACUAAAAAUGAUUUCGAUCGUCUUAUCAAUGAUUUGAAACAACAGUUAUUCUUGCGAAAGAACAACUUCACAGGUGUUAAACGACGAGUUUAUAAUGAUGUUUUCAAGAAGAUUAAUUCCGCGAAAGAAGUUGCUAUGAACAUGAAUCAAAGUAACCAAAGUAACGAAAGUGAUGAAGAACGUAAGAACAAAGCAGAUUGUGAACACAAAAAGAUCUUAGAACGAAUCGAGCAUUUUAAUGAAAAUAUGCGAAAAGAUAUCGUUAAAGUUCGUAUCAUGAAAGUUUUUGGUCGUAUUGCAGUUUCAAGAGCACGUCAAAAAGACAUCGAACAAGCAGAAGAAGAACGUAAAAUUGCUAAUGGUCAGAUGUGGAACAAGAAACUUCAAGCAGAAGACAAAGAAGAAAAACUUCGACGUGAUUUAUUAAAAGCGCAUUCUCGACUUUGUGAAACGGAAUUAGAAAUCUCUAAAUUGUCCCAACAACUUGACAAUGAAAAGAUGAGUAACAUUCAGUUAGUUCAUUGGAAGGCGAAGAACAUGAAAGUUGUUGAAAAGAUGAACAAGAAAAUCAAAUCAUUCAAUGAUGAUUCAGGUAUUGACAUUGAUAGUCUUGUUGAAAAACUUGAUGCCGCAACAGAAGAACUCGAAUCUCUUCGAGAAGAAACGGAUUCACUUGAAAAAGAAGCCGAUGUUACAGUUCGACGAACUAUUUCGUCUCUUAACACUAAGCGCACUCAGAAGAAGCAAAUGAUGGCACAGUCGAUGCGUGGAAUCCAGAGUCAGUCCAUCAAACCAGAAUACAACCUUGAAGAAAUCGCACAGCGACUUUCAGAUGACAACAUCCGAUUACGACAAGAAAAUGAAGACUUGGCUAAACAAAUCGAAGAACUUGAAUCACAAAAGGCAUCUAAACCUCAAGAAGUUCUUCAAAUGAUGGAGAAUGUCACUAAACAACGAUCCAUGUCGAGACUUUCUUCACAAGCUAAGAAGAAGACAAUUGUGAAACCUAAUUUCACAUCCAAGACAAUUCCACGACAUUAA